CCUGCAGGUGUCGCUGGACUUUAACUAACCAAUCCGGCUGCACAGGAAGUCCAGCAGCACCACAGUCUGCUAGUUAGCUGCUGCUCUUUAGCACGUUGGCCGAGGUUUCUCAGUGUAUUUACUAACAACAUUACCCCUUUAAAUGCAGCGAUAUUUAUAAGUUAAUGAUUCAGUUUGUGUCAGUAUCAGGAGGACAAUGUCGGACAAGAAGCGAAGAAGAGAGAAGGAGGACCGACGAGAGCACAAGAGACACAAGUCCUCCAAACAGGAUCUGGAGAAACUCAAAACACACACGAAGAAACUCAACCAAGAAGUCCAACAACUGAAACACGUCGAGACCUUCUAUGAGAAACCUCCACCAGGACUCAUCAAGGAGCAUGAGGACAAACCAGAGGACUGUAUUCCUGCUGAACCAGGAAAUGAAGCAGCCAGGAGCUUCCUGGCCAACGCCCCCACCAGAGGGCUGUGGAUGCCUCUGGGGAAGGAGGUGAAGGUGAUGCAGUGUUGGAGAUGCAAGCGCUACGGCCACAGGACAGGUGAUAAAGAGUGCCCGUUCUUCAUCAAAGGCAACCAGAAACUAGAGCAGUUCAGAGUGGCUCAUGAAGACCCAAUGUACGACAUCAUUCGAGAAAACAAAAGGAAUGAAAAAGAAACCAGGAUCCAGCAGCUGCAGCAGCUGCUUCAGGACACCACUUCCUCCUCCAAUUCAGACAGCUCUUCCUCCUCCACUUCCUCCUCCUCCUCCUCUUCGUCGUCUGACCACCAUCGCAGCAAGAAAAGGAAAAAGGGGAAGGAGAAAACGAAGAAGAAAGAGAAGAAGAAGAGAAAAAGGAAACGAAAGCACAAGUCCUCCAAAACCAGUGACUGCUCGGAUUCAGAUUGAGUGUUUUUGGAACAUGCUGAUAUAUGCACUUGUAUACUAAGUGCUUUCAACAUAGAGAGAGACUGAGUGAAGUAGUAGAUCUUUAACGCAGUAGUGAAGUUCUGCAGAAUGCCGGCACUCUGAAGACCUUUUUAAGCCUUUUUCUCUGCAGGUUGAAGCUAUAAAAACUGUAAGUCCACUGUGCAUGACUCCCCCCACCUUCCCAGCCGUUUCACUCCCUCCAGGGUGACGACUUGCAUUUUGCAUCCUCUCCGUCGGCUCGUGCAGCACAGGGUCAUAUGGCACAGCUGCUUAAGUAAGUGCGUGUAUGCGUGCCUUGGUGCAUAUGUGUGUCAAAAAGCAUUAGCUGCAUGAGUAAUGAAUCCGAAGUGAUCUGAAAUGAGCCCGCUGGUGUAAGAAGAUAAUGUUCUUUUCACUGGGGUUCAAUAAGAUAGCAUGUCAGCAAAUACAGCGUGUUAUUAAGAGAUUGUAUUUUCCACCAUAUUUUUGUAUCCCUGCCAUCUCGCUGGUAUUAAAUACUUUGAUUGUAGAGUGUGUUAAACGCAGAGAGAGAGGUGGAAAGUCCAAAUUAGUACAGUGAGAAUUUGUCUUCCACACACAAGCCCCCGAAUGUUGCGACUGUACAUAAAUAUUUGGAAUGAUUUGAGGUUGGAAUAUGCUCAUUUUGCUCUGAAAAAAAAAAAAAAAAGCCACAGCGAUGGGGGAAAGAAUGUAUGUGAAUGUGCUCCUUUACGCCGAGAAUAAAGAUGGCUCUCUUUCUCCAA